GCCACUCUGCGCUUCCGGUGGCGGCGCGGCCAUGGCGGUGGCGGCGUUGCGGCUGCUGGGUCCGGCGGCGCGGCGGGCGGCGGGCGGGGUGCCGUGCCGGGCUCACCGCCUCACACCGGCGGACGACGAGCUCUACCAGCGGACGCGGGUGACGGUGCUGGAGCCGGAGUCCCCCAACACCGUGUUCAUCGAGGGCUACACCACCCGCGGCUUCACCAUCAGCGGGGACCUGGUGGUGGGGCCCUGCGCCAUCCUGCCCCGCGCCAUCCUCCAGUGGAACGUUGGUUCCUACAGGGACAUCUCGCAUGAGAGUCUGUCGCUGUUCCGGCUGCUGGAGCCCCAGAUAGAGAUCCUGGUGCUGGGCACGGGAGACAGAGUGGAGCGGCUCCACCCCACCAUGCUGAAGCAGAUGCGGGAGUGCGGAAUCGCUGUGGAGGUGCAGGACACGCCAAAUGCGUGCGCAACCUUCAACUUCCUAACCAGUGAAAGGCGCAUGGCAGCUGCUGGGCUCAUCCCUCCACGGGGCACCUACACAGGGAUGUAGGCGCUGCCUGCUACACGCUGAGUAGCUUGUCCUCUCGCCUGCCCGGAGCCCCCAGCCGUCACCUCUCCAGGCGGAGAAAUGCUUUGGACUAAACUGUUGGAGCCUGGCUGUGGCUGGGUGGUCACUCUCUGCUCGCAGGAGGGUAUUGUGAAAUGUGUGGGCUUGGCUCUGCCCAGAAGUCCUUGGCUUCCCAGUCACCUUGCCCAGUGCUGGGCUGGGGGCCGCGGGGCACAGCGCGAUGCCCAAGCAUUGCUGGCAGCACUGCACCUGCAGCCCUGCUGCUCUGCCUUGGCAGCAGGAAGCUGUCACCCCAGGGCAGGGUGGAGGCUGGUGGGGUGAGUUGCACACCCCUGGGCACGUUUGGGGCUCCAGAAGGAAAAUAUAUGUAGAUUGGAAGUACAAGACAAUUGUGUGUUGGUUAACGCACAGCACAGCAGGGCUGUAAGGCUCUGUCGGGCUGUGCGUGCUCACCACCCCUGCGGAGCUGUCAGAGAGGGCUGUGGGUCAGCUCUCCUGUGGGGUUUUUGUCCCCAUCCCACAGCAUCUGUGUCCCCUGCAGAGCCUUGAGCUGCGGUGGGUCCCAGUUCAGCACUAGGUGCACACCCCCUCUCCCUGCAGGCUCACAGCUCAAGCAGGGGACGUGGAGAGGGUCACUGGCCAUCCUGGUCCCCCCACCUCCCCCACCCCUUGCACUGGCCCACAGUUGUGGCUGCCGCCCCUGGGGACAGGUUAGGGGUACGCAUACCUAAUCCAGCCUUGUUCCCCAAACCCUGCCACCUCCACGGGUCCGAGGAGGGAGUAUGUGGCUGUGGUCCCCAGCCUUGAGGCAGACUGUGGGCUAGCGUUGCUUAAUGAGCCAGCUGCAUUAAUGAAUGUUUGACACUGACACAAUUGCAUUGUAAUUCAAGGCUCUGGUUUUAGCACGUGUAAAUCUAAUUUCACAUUGCUGUGCUGCAGAGUGAUUUUUUUUUUUUUUUUUCCUUCUCAGUCAACAACAUGAAAGACACAAAAUGCUGAUGGUAAAUACAUGCUCUUUGACAGGA